GAUAAUUUAAAAAAAGCUUCUGACAUGUAAAAGUGACUUAUGAGUGUUGUCUAAAUACUGCAUCAGGCUUAGAAACUUUUUACAAAGGGUUUACUAAACUCGGUAUAACACAUGUGAACACCAAGACCGAUAGAAGAUCCAUAAGAGACUCUUAGGCAUGAAUACAUGAAAAUGAAGUCGACUCCCAAAAUGGAAACGAAUCUUGAAAAAUAUUUGUUAUUUUUUUAAAUUAUACUAACUUUUCAACAUACCGUAAUGUUUGUGUAAACAACAAGCUUUACAGAACAUGAAUGAUAGCAUGAGUGCCAACCGAGCUUAAUCAAGCGGUGAAAUAAUUAGUGCUUAUCAGUACCAUCAAUACAAAUUAUAUGAAAAAAAAAACAUAUUUAUAUCAAUAUACAUGUGAAUGGAAUUCUAUGACAGAGCUUAUAAAAAUGCAGCAACAUAAUCGGUUUGAUGAUAGACAUAUCGCAUUCUUUUACGCCGCUUUUUUAAAUGUAUGUACAAUGAUGUGGAGGAAACUAAAAGAGUUAUUGAAUUAAAUUUUUCAAUAAGAAAUAAAAAUCCGCAUAUAUUUCUACACCGUGACCCCGACGAAGAAGCGGUUAAAGCCAUAAGAGAUGUGGUAGAAAUGAUACCGCUACCGGGCCUGACACCAGAAGGUUAUAAACUGUUACUAUUUAAACUAUCGGAUAACGAUCCAAAAAAGAUGAAUAGCAUCAUAGAGUGCAAAGCCUUUUUUAUGUUAGCCGACUGUCGUUACUCCGAGCUCGAUGUUGAGGAACCGCAAACACAGCAGACAGAAAAACCUAUUAAUGAUUCACAGUCGGAGGAAACAAGUGACAUAGAGACGGAAUCGCUACAAGAUGAAUUCAUAUCAAAUGGUGAAAUACAGAUAUGUGAUAUUGGUGAUUACACACUAUCUCAUAUGGCGCGAAUUUCCUUUACGGCCUUGCGUAUGUAUAUGAAUUUUCUUCAAGAGGCAUACCCGGUGCGGUUGCGGGCAAUGCAUAUCAUAAAUUGUCCGCCAUUUUUAAACAAAAUGGUGUCUAUUGUCAAGCCUUUUAUACAUGAGGAUGUCUAUAAAAUGAUACAUUUUCACACAGAAGGUAUGGAUAGUUUAUAUGAGAAAGUACCGCGCCAUAUGUUACCGGAUGAAUAUGGCGGUAAUGCCGGCGACAUUAAAGAUAUUAAAAAAAUAUGGACUGAUAAAUUGAAAGUUAAAAGGGAUUACCUAAUGGAUGUAAGGCAAUGGAAAAUGGAUCCAGCACAAAACUCACGACGCUGGUACUGGUUCUAAAUUCUUUAAUUUAUAUAGACAAUAUUUUCUACGUAAAACUGUUUGAAGAACGUUUUUCUGUUAAUAGCAAUUUGAUGUGAUAUGUUGUUUGUUUCUGAAAUAGAAGUGCUUGGGUAAAAUUAUAUAGUGUAAUAAAUAGCAAAUUAUAGUAAGAAUAGUGUGUAUGUGUAUGAGUACUCAUGAGGAAUUCAUUUUAAGUGCACAAAUAUAUAAUUCAAUUAAGCGAAGAAAUUUAUUGGUUUUUAAUAUUCAGGAUUAGAAAAAGGAAAAGGUUAAGGUCAAUCCUGGGAAAAUAUGAUUAAAUUCUUUUAUAUUUAAAUAAGAAGUAUUUCGAUGAUAUAAUAUGAUUUGGAACUACUCAGUAUGUACUCAUAAGUAACGAAAGAUCCAUCAUAAUAAUGACGUUAAUUGUUUUUGAAA